GCAUAUCCAUGUGGAAAUUGCUUUAUAACCCAUUUUCAUAAUUUAGAUAAAAAAAAAACAAUGUAUCUUAAGAGACUUAGAGUAACAACUUGACAAUGGUUACUCUCUCUCCCAUAAACGCGCUUAUAGGGGUGUGCAGCACACCCGCUUAUAAGGAGCUCAAGACCUCUCAUUUACACGUGGUCAGCAUUAGACAUUCAUGUGACAUCUUAUUCCAAUGUUGGCAUAUCCAUGUGGAAAUUGCUUUAUAACCCAUUUUCAUAAUCCCCAUAAACGCGUUUAUAAGGGUGUGCAGCACACCCGCUUAUAAGGAGCUCAAGACCUCUCGUUCUUGUCCGAUGUGAGAUAGAGGCACUUUCCUCGUGACACUCUCUCCCAUUCGAUUCCGGCAAACUCUCUCUCACCCGAUUCCUGCAACGUCUUCGUUGCCCGGCCACCCUCUCGUGACACUCUCUCCCAUUCGAUUCCGGCAAACCUCUCUUCACCCGAUUCCUGCAACGUCCUCGUGGAUUCCGGCAAACUCUCUCUCACCCGAUUCCUGCAACGUCCUCGUUGCCGUCGGCCACCCUGCUUACGGGAGCUCAAGACCUCUCGUUCUUGUCCGAUGUGAGAUAGAGGCACUUUCCUCGUGACACUCUCUCCCAUUCGAUUCCGGCAAACUCUCUCUCACCCGAUUCCUGCAACGUCCUCGUUGCCGUCGGCCACCCUGCUUACCCUGAGUCCCCUUGGACCUGGCGCCUUGACGUGAGUCAGACGAGGUCCGGUCUGCUCUGAUACCACUUGUCACGGGGUCAUUAUUCUCUCUCCCAUAAACACGCUUAUAGGGGUGUGCAGCAUACCCGCUUAUAAGGAGCUCAGGACCUCCCGUUCCUGUCCGAUGUGGGAUAGAGACACUUUCCUCGUGACACUUGCCCUUUGAUCAACAUUACCUCCAUAACUGGUUGUUGAGAGAAUAUUGCAUAUAUUUUACACAUCCCAAUCUCAAUUCCUACAUAUAUUAAAUAUGAUAUGCUAUUUGUUAUCAUCCGAAAUUAUUAAAUUAAUAAUUUAUAUUUGAUACACGUAAACAUAAUCUCAAAUAUUGAAUUUAGAGAUAAUAUAUAAAAUUUUUACGCCAUUGAUACACAGAAUAUGAAAUUUUAUUAAAUAUAGAGCAGAAGUAAGGAGUAAGAAGAAGAGUAAUUAAUGAAGCCAGAAAUGCCAAAAAAAAAGAAGCCAUUUUCCUUAAAAUAAAUAUCCAUGGCAGAUUGAAAGCAACAGCUUAUCGUUUUGGUCCAAGUCGCUCGUGGAAUAAAUUAUAGGAUACAAGCCAGUUUGCUUUCCUCAUUAAAUGGAAACCAAAAAAACCAUGGAUAGAUUGGAAUUGAAGCACUUGUUUCAUAAUCUAUUUGUGUUCUUCACCAUUGUUUCCUUUUCUUCCUCCGUCCAUGGAGUUAGUGAAGCAGUUGGAUAUGGCUACAAGCUGAAAUCUGUUUCCGUCGAUGCAAAUGGAAAAUGGUUGACCGCUGAUCUUGGACUUAUCCGCAACUCCUCUGUCUAUGGACCUGACAUUCAAAAUCUGCGUCUUGUUGCCAGCUUUGAGACAAGCAAUCGUUUGAGAAUCAAAGUUACAGAUUCAGGCCAUGAAAGAUGGGAAAUCGGACAGGAAAUCAUUCGCCGUCAAUCUCAAUUCCCACACCGGUCAUUGCCAGAAAACCAUCGGAGCUCAUCAGCAAAGUACCAAGGCGAAACACAGAAGCAGCAGAAGGAAAACUACUACGUGUCGGACCCAACAUCGGACCUCAUCUUCACCCUCCAUAACACCACGCCAUUCGGGUUGUCGGUGAGGCGCCGCUCCUCAGGCGACGUUCUUUUCGACACAUCGCCGGAUGCAUCCGAUUCGGGCACUUUCCUGGUGUUCAAGGACCAAUAUAUUCAACUCUCCUCCUCGCUGCCACAAGGCAGGUCCUCACUUUAUGGACUGGGAGAGCACACCAAGAGAUCCUUCAAGUUGCAACAUAAUGACAGUUUGACUUUGUGGAAUGCGGAUUUGGCAAGUGCUAAUCUGGAUGUUAAUCUUUAUGGAUCACAUCCCUUUUACCUUGACAUCAGAUCAGCAUCCGCAGAUGGCAAAGUAUCAGCAGGAACUACCCAUGGAGUUCUGUUGCUUAACAGCAAUGGGAUGGACAUUGUUUAUGGUGGAAACAGGAUAACCUACAAGAUAAUCGGAGGUGUCAUAGAUUUGUAUGUUUUUGCUGGGCCACUGCCGGACAGAGUCGUGGAGCAGUACACCCAGCUUAUUGGCCGCCCUGCUGCUAUGCCGUAUUGGUCCUUUGGAUUCCAUCAGUGCCGAUAUGGGUACAAAAAUGUUUCUGAUAUCGAGGGUGUGGUUGCGGGCUAUGCAAAAGCUAGGAUUCCUCUUGAAGUUAUGUGGACGGAUAUCGAUUACAUGGAUGGAUUCAAGGAUUUCACUCUUGACCCAGUCAACUUUCCCAAGGACCAGAUGAAAAGAUUUGUUGAUAAGCUUCAUCAAAAUGACCAGAAAUACGUGGUUAUCAUAGAUCCUGGAAUCAGUGUAAACAGUACAUACGGUACCUACAUCAGGGGGAUGCAAGCUGAUAUAUUCAUAAAACGAGAUGGCUACCCUUACUUGGGACGAGUUUGGCCUGGUCCAGUCUACUUCCCAGAUUUUGUAAAUCCUCGCACUGAAACAUAUUGGGCUGGUGAGAUCAAAAUGUUUCGAGAUUUUCUCCCUGUUGAUGGUCUUUGGCUCGAUAUGAACGAGAUAUCCAAUUUCAUAACCUCCCCUCCAACCCCAAAUUCUGCCCUGGAUGAUCCUGCAUACAAGAUUAAUAACCAGGGAAUCCAGCGGCCAAUCAACAACAAUACGGUUCCUGCCACAUCUCUACAUUUUGGUAACCUGACAGAGUACAAUGCCCAUAACCUGUAUGGUUUACUAGAAUGCAAAGCUACUCACGCAGCAUUGAUUAAUGUGACCGGCAAAAGGCCAUUUAUACUUAGCAGAUCAACUUUUGUGAGCUCUGGAAAGUAUGCAGCCCACUGGACAGGAGACAAUGCAGCCACUUGGGAGGAUUUGGCAUACACAAUCCCAUCAAUCUUAAAUUUCGGACUCUUUGGGAUUCCGAUGGUAGGAGCUGAUAUUUGUGGCUUUUCUAGGGAUACGACUGAAGAGCUGUGCCAACGAUGGAUUCAGCUAGGGGCCUUUUACCCUUUUGCUAGAGAUCACUCUGAGAUUAAUUCGAUUCGUCAAGAGCUCUAUCUCUGGGAUUCAGUUGCUGCAUCAGCUAGGAAGGUGCUCGGCCUCCGCUAUUGCCUGCUCCCAUACUUUUACACUCUAAUGUACGAGGCACACAAGGAAGGGACUCCCAUUGCAAGGCCCCUUUUCUUCACAUUCCCCCAAGAUAUUCACACUUACGAAAUCAAUUCGCAGUUUCUCCUAGGAAAAGGUAUAAUGGUGUCACCUGUACUGAAGUCAGGAGCAGUCUCUGUUGAUGCUUACUUCCCAUCCGGAAAUUGGUUUGACCUCUUCAAUUACUCCAACUCAGUGAGUGCAAACUCUGGAAAAUACCUCACCCUUGCCGCGCCACGAGAUCAUAUAAACGUGCAUGUUCGAGAAGGUAACAUUAUAGCCAUGCAGGGAGAGGCCAGGACAACCAAAGCUGCUCGGAAGACACCAUUCCGACUUUUGGUGGCCGUCAGCAGCACCGAAACUAUGAGUGGACAAGUUUUCUUGGAUGACGGGGAGGAAGUGGAGAUGGGCGCAGAGGGGGGCAAGUGGAGUUUGGUGAGAUUUUAUGGAGGAAUUUCAUCUUCUGGUGAUGAAGUGUUUGCCAGAUCAGAGGUCGAGAAUGGAGCAUUUGCUUUGAGUCAAAAGUGGAUGAUAGAUAAAGUGACAUUCAUAGGUUUGGAAAAUGUUGGGAGGUUGACAGGGUAUGAAUUAAGCAGUGGCAACAACAAAACAAACUUGUAUGCAAAUCCAAUUGUGAAGGCAAGAUUAGACAAGAAUGCAAAAUUCCAAGUCGUGGAGAUCUCAGGACUGGGGCAACCCGUAGGGCAGGAGUUCAAUUUGCAACUCAAAACUCAGAAACAAUAGGUUGAGUCACUGCAGAGUGCAGGGUCAUUAUUAUAUACCCCCCAAAAAUAAAAAAACAAUAAAAUGAUGAUCCUGAAGUUGAAAAUGGAAUCAAUCCCUGUCCGGAUCAAACUUUGAUCAGGGUAAAUUAAAUUAAGCUAAGAUUUUUCUUUUUCCCUUUGGUAAGGAAUAAACCAUCUUGUGAGGGCACACAGCCUGAUCCUGUA